AUGACAUUUCCUUUCCAAAUCGUGAUCAAACAUGCCGUAGCUGACACAGAAAACAGCUACUGUCUUACUAAUGUUAAGGGUAGGGCUGUGUGUGCGUUAUGCAAGGAAGGGGGGGGACUUUGCUAAACUUAGGAUGACAAGCUUGGUCUGAUGACACAGUUAGAGCUUUAACCUUAAAGCUUAAGUUUUAACGUUGCAUCGUAAACAGUCACCACCCACUGCGAAGAGUAUAUAAGCAUGUUGGUAUAGUUAGUGGCAACAGCAGCUUCAUUGUUGUGUUUACGAGGUAAGUCACGUGGGACGGCUUACUAUAUUUUUACCAUGCUUUAUUUUUAUUUUCACUACUUUACUAUACUUUAUACUUUAUUGUAAUCUACAAAACUUUUUUGCUGUACCCAUGCCAUGCCUUGUUCGAUUGGCCCUACCUUUGCCCUACAGUUGCCUUACCUUUGUCUUACCCUUGCCUCAGCGUUGCACUAGCCUUGCCCUAGCCUUGCCCUAGCUUGUCCUAGCUUUGCCCUGGUCUUGCCCUAGCUUUGCGUUAGUCUUGCCCUACCACUGUUUUACUAUACCCUACCCUAAUAAAUGUUUUCCCUGCUUUAUCUUUGUGUACCCUAUCGUACCGUAUUCCACCUGGUCUUACUUUACCGUGUUCUAUUUUACCGUACCCUUUUCUACCGUAACCUAGAGAAUUUUAUUUACUCUACUUUACUUUUACCUUUUUUUUACCGUAUUUCUACCAUUUGAUCUUUAACUUACAGUAAACAAAACAAUUUUUUCAAAAUUACAGUAUCCUAAUUUCAGAAAAAUGACAAAGCUUGUUCUACUAGUUCUACUAUUUGCCGUAGUGGUCCAACUUUCCACCGCUCAAUGGGGCAUGGGCAUGUAUCGACCAUGGGGUAUGGGAGGCAUGGGAAUGUACCGCCCGUGGGGUAUGGGCUACGGUGGCAUGGGCGGCUACGGCAUGGGCAUGUACCGUCCAUGGGGCAUGGGAAUGUAUGGAUAA